AUGGGUCCCAACCGCCGAGCUACCACCGAACACCCAAGCGUGCCAGUGGCCACAGGAGACCGUUUCAAAGGCGGAACCAUCGUGCCCCGCGGUCUCGGAAGCGGAGGCGAACCAGAAGCCAAGGCCUUCAACUCGGCCGAAAUCAACUCGGCCUUACAAGCCCUAGCCAGCGAAUUCGAGCAAUCCACCAACCUCUUCGAAGCACCUCACAAAACCCACGAGAACCGCACCACCAUAGGCAUCACCCUGACGAGCGGCUGCGGAACCCCGGGCCAAAGCAGGCGCAAAAUCAAGGGCAGAGAGUCGUCCCACAGCGCAAACCCCGACGACCCCGCCAACCCCGCCGACCCCGGAAUCCGCGCAUACCUCCAAGCAGGCAUCCACUCCCGCGAGCGAGGCGGGCCGGACCACAUGCUCUACUUCCUCUCCGACCUCCUCUGGGCCUCCCGCGAAGGAACCGGCCUCCGCUACGGCGGCCGCGCCUACACCGCCUCCGAAGUGCAAACCGCCCUCCGCCUCGGCAUCGCCGCCAUCCCGAACCUCAACCCAGACGGCCUGGCCCACGACCAAGCCACCAACCUCUGCUGGCGCAAGAACCGCAACCCGGCCAGCCGCGUCCCCGACCCCAUCCACCCCGAAGACGACCGCUCCGUCGGCGUGGACCUCAACCGCAACUACGACGCCGCCUGGAACUUCACCCACUAUUUCUCAUCCGACGCAUACCCCCCCGCCUCGGCGGACCCCAACAGCGAGGCCUUCUACGGCACGGGACCCCUCUCGGAGCCCGAAACCCGCAACUCGGCCUGGGUGCUGGACCGUUUCCCUUCCGUCGCCUGGUUCGUCGACCUGCACGCCCCCGCGAACGCCAUGCUGUACGGCUCCUUCUUCGACACCCUGCAGAGCGCCGACCCGGACAUGAACUGGCAGAACCCCGAGUACGACGACGUGAGGGGCGUGGUGGCGGAUAAUCCUACCUCGGCCGCCUACGGGGAGUAUGUCCCGCAGGAGGACUGGGAUGCCCUUAUAUUGGCGGCGGAGCGCAUGGCUUGGGGGAUCCGCUCUUCCGGGACCAUCGACGGGGGACCUCGCGUCUACCAGGGGGCUUUGUUCGCGCCUACCUCCGGCUCGUCUACCGACUUUGCUUAUAACCGGCAUUUUGUCGACUCGGAGAAGCAGAAGGUUCUUGGUAUCGGGUUCGAGUUUGGUGAUUUCCGCGAGGACUGGGACAGAGUCCCCUGCCCGUUUUAUCCAACCGCCGAGCGCUACACGCAGGAUAUGAAGGAGGUCGGCGCUGGUCUUAUGGAGUUUCUCCUGACGGCUGCCAGGUUGAGUUGA